AAGAUUUUCAUCCAAAAUUGGAUGAAAACUUUUAAUGGCAUUUUUUUAAUCAUAUAUAUUUAUUCUUAUAUCCUUUCUUAAAUAAUUACUUUACGCCAGUUGAUAGGCAUAAUAUGUUUUAUAAAAAAAUAACAAUUAAAAAAAACAUUCGGAAAUGUUCGGUCUUUUUUCAAAUUGAAAGUAGGAUUUACAAAUUACAAUAUCAACAUGGAUGUGUUGUUAGCUAUUCAGACAUGUAUCGAACGUUUUGCAUUUUUUCCUUUUAUGGAAUAAAAUCGUUUAUUUUCUAAACAAAUGAAACAUGUUGCUGGAAUUUCUUUUAAAGGUGUUCCGUCCAUUUUGUAAAUUGCAAUCACGUGCCGUUUCUAUCAUCACGUGAUAUUUGUGAAGGCAGUGAUUACUGUACUGCAAGGGAAGUAACACUGCGCGGAGUUUGGUAUUUACCCGCGUUUACACGGUGCAAUAUGCGGGAUCCCAAAUCGGUAUUUAAUAACGAUGACGUAAUAUAAGCUCCAAAUUAUUUAUUUCGAAUUACAGACAAUAAUCGGGUCGUGUUUUUAUUGCUCUUUUUUAAUUGACUGUCAUUUCUACUAUAAAUUGAUAACAAUUAGUAGACAAAUAUACAUUGAGGUCUAAGCAAUCGCUAGCUGAAUAGAAUGACUGAAAUAUCAUUUGAAUCUCCCUCCCGUUGGUACAAAAGUAAGCCAUUGAUCGUACAUAAUGGAACUUACGCCUAUGGAUAACCGCUUCGUUGCUUUUGUGAAGCAGUUAAGUGAAUUGAUGGUAUUAGUGAAAAGUGUCCUUAUAUAGAUUUAAAGUGUUCGUGACAGACUCCCAACACCCUGCCUAAAGUGACAGAUAAGAUGGGGAAUCUUUGUACGAGAUACUACGAAUAUAAAGACGUCAAACUUUUACUGCUAGGUUUGGACAUGGCGGGGAAGACCACCCUGUUAAACCACCUUAAACUAGGGGAGGUGGUGACAACAAUCCCCACUUUUGGGUUUAACUUGGAGACAGUGAACCAUAAAAACAUCACGUUCAUCAUUUAUGACAUCGGCGGUGGUGACAAAAUGCGCCAGCAGUUCCGCCAUCACUACCCAGACACAGACGCUGUUGUCAUGGUGAUAGAUGGCGCGGACCCCGAGCGUCUGCAGAAGCUAAACUGUAACGUCAUCAAGCCUGCUCUGCACGCGGAUGAGCUUGCACACAGCAUCUUCCUGUUCCUGGUCAAUAAACGCGACCUUCCCAAUUGCCUGAGUGCGGAGGAGGUUGCUGCCAAGUUGAACUUAAAGGCGUUGAAACAUUCCUGGCACAUCAUGGAAAUAAGCGCAUAUCGAGGGGUCGGACUUACUAACAGUAUGGACUGGCUCGCAUCUCACCUGGGCCCCUCUCCACGCGUACUUUAACCGGACCUAUUGCAUUCAUAUCCCCGAUAAUGACAUCGAUCCUGCAUUACUUAUAUCUACACCAAAUAGUUUCAGUAAUCCUUUCUCAACCAUUCUGUAAAUAGAACGACCCGACUGUAACCGGAAACGUUUU